AUGACUAAUCUUCCUACCGAUCCCGCGUUGCGACCACCAAUUUCCAAUUACCACCCAAAUAUUCAAGAUGAAAUUCGUAGAAAUUAUCUACAGCAAGGGCCUUGUCAACCAAGAAGUCAGGAAUUUCCUAAGAAAUUCUAUGGAGCAAAGGAACGUCGAUUCAACAUUGCAUUGUUUGAUCAAUUUUCUACUUGGUUGGAAUAUAGCAUAAGUAAGAAUUAUGCAUUUUUCCUGUGUUGCUAUCUUUUUAAAUCAAGCAUUGGAAAACAAGCUGGUGGCAACACAUUUGUUAGUGAGGGUUUUUCAAAUUGGAAGAAAAUGAGCCUACUUGAAGCCCAUGUCGUAAAUCACAAUAGUAGUCAUUACAAGUGUUACAAAAUAUGUGAAGCUUUAAUAGAUGGAAAACAGCAAAUUGAACACCUUUUUUUAAAGAAGAACAUCAAAGAUCGAAUAAGUUACCGUGUUCGAUUAAUUGCUUCAACUGAUUGUAUUCGCUUUCUUGUACGACAAGGUCUUGCAUUUCGUGGUCAUGAUGAGUCCCAAGAGUCUAAUAAUCAAGGUAACUUUCUCGAAUUUCUAACGUUUCUUGCUAAUCAUAACGACGAAGUUAGAGCCAUUGCUUUAAAAAAUGCUCCUGAGAAUCUUAAACUAAAUUCGCCAAAGAUUCAGAAGGACAUUGUAAACGCUUGUGCUAUGGAAACAAUUAAUGUUAUUAUUAGAGAUAUGGGAGAUGUUGCCUUUUCUAUUUUAGUUGAUGAAUCUCGUGAUAUAGCAAUUGAUAAGUUGUUUUCAAAGCAUGGGUUGAGCAUAUCCAAAUUACGAGGUCAAGAGUAUGAUGGAGCUAGUAACAUGAGUGAAGAGUUUAAUGGUUUGAAAAGUAUUAUCAUGAAGGAGAAUGAAUGUACUUUUCUCACCGUAGUGUCUAAAGUGGUGAAUGUUGUUGGAGCCUCAUCUAAGCGUCGUGACAUUCUCCAGGAAAAACAAGCUCUCAAAGUCAUCGAAGCCUUAAACGAUGGAUACCUUUUGAGUGGAAGAGGCCAAAAUCAAGAAAGUGGAAUUAAGCGUCCAUGUGAUACACACUGGGGAUCACACUAUGGUACUUUGGUAAGCUUUACUAUCAUGUUUUCAUCUAUUAUUGAUGUGCUUGAGAAAAUUACAAAUGAUAGAUUGAAUAGUGAGCAAAAAUAUGAAGCAUCUAUUAUGUUACAAAUGGUGCAAACAUAUAAUUUUUCCUUGAGCUUACAUUUGGUGAAGAAUAUUCUUGGGAUCACAAAUGAGUUGUCACAAGUCUUACAAAAAGGUGAUCAAGAUAUUGUGAAUCAUGCAAUGGAUUUAGUCAAAAUAUGCAAGAAACAGUUACAAAUGACGAAAGACAAUAGAUGGGAUUCUUUAGUAGAAGAAUUUUCUAAUUUUUGUAUGAAGUUCAAUAUUUAUGUUCUUGAUAUGAAUCAUAUGUAUUGUACUCAAGGGAAAUCACGACGCAAGGCUCCAAAGCUUACAAAUUUUCACUAUUUCUGUGUUGAUUUUUUCAAUACAAUGAUAGAUUUAAAGCUACAAGAGCUUAGUCGUUUUAAUGAGGCUAAUAUUGAGUUGUUACUUUGUUUAGCGUGCUUAUCUCCAGCUAAUUCAUUUUCUACUUUUGACAAGGGAAAGUUAAUCCGUCUUGCUCAACUUUAUCCAUGUGAUUUUUCUACAAUGGAUAUAAAUGUACUAGAAUAUCAACUUCAAACAUAUGUUGAUGAUAUGCGUCUCAUGUUAAGUUUUCAGCUUUGA